UGUCACACCAGUUUAAACAUAUUUUCAUGGGUCCUGAAUCCAGACAAGGGUUGAUUUACUGGUGAUAGAUGUAUCUACUAUCAUACUUGUGACCAGUAUUAAUAGGAUAAACGAAAUAUUUUGGUGACACUAUUGGAGGAACAAUGCGUUUUAGUUCAAAUGUUAGGGCAUAUGUUCUGCUUGUCAUUGUUGGAAUCUUCUUGCUUCUGGGCUAUGUCUAUUUCAACUUCUUCUCUGAAAGGCUCAACAGAGAUAUCCCAAUUGAUGAGGACCAGAAGUGCACCAGCCUGAGUAAGCCCAUGUUCAGGAGCAGAGAACGGAACAUGAUCUCUCUUGAAAAGCUAUUGUACAAGCAGCCCAGUGUCUUGGUGGGACGUACUGAUGUGGUGGCAGUGACCCCAUGGUUGGCACCCAUCGUCUGGGAAGGCACCUUUGACCCUGUGAUCGUCGACAACAUCUACAAGCCCAUGAACCUCACCAUAGCAACCACAGUGUUUGCCGUUGGAAAAUACGUCAGCUUUCUCCAAGAUUUUCUGGAGACAGCAGAGAAGCACUUCAUGGUCGACUUCAACGUGCGCUACUAUGUUUUCACUGAUCGUCCACACGAUGUUCCUUCAGUGAACCUGACUCAGGGGAGACAUUUGAGUGUGAUCCAGGUCCCGGGUUCAAACCGCUGGCAGGAGAUAUCAGCUCGGAGGAUGGAAAUCAUCCAGACCACCAUCGAACGUCAGAUCAGCAGGGAGGCCGACUACAUCUUCUGUCUGGACGUGGACAGCAAGUUCCACGCUCGCUGGGGGGCCGAGUCUCUUGGAAGGCUGGUUGCUGUGUUACACCCAGGCUACUACGAGCAGACCCGUGACCACUUCCCAUACGAACGGCGUCCAGCCUCGAUGGCCUUCAUCCCCAUGGAUGAGGGAGACUACUACUAUGGUGGGGCUAUGAUCGGAGGGUUCGUGGAGGAUGUUUACACACUCACAAAGGUAUGUCGAAAGCGGUUUGAGAUGGAUGCGGAGAAUUCCAUCGAGGCUGCCUGGCAGGAGGAGAGCCACCUCAACAGGUACCUGCUCUACAACAAGCCCAGCAAGGUGUUGUCUCCAGAGUACCUGUGGCAGGACUUCAAGGCCAAAACCAAAGAGGUCAAAGUCAUUCGCUUCUCAGGGGUCAUUAAAAACUAUGCUGAAGUUCGUCCCAAUGUAUAAAACUAGGAAGUGGAUAUUCGACCGGCAGAAGAAAAACUUAAUUCAGUCGUAGUUGUAAAAAUUAAUUGAGGUGAUGAUUCAGGUUAGGUUUAGGAAUGAGGGUUAGGUUAAGGUUAAGUUUAGGUAUAGUUUGACUGAGGUUUAUGUUUGGGUUAAGGUUAAGGAAAGGCAUAAUAAUAAUAAUUUGGGGGAUACUUAUAUUUGUCCUGUUACACACAUGUGGGUGUAAUGGAAAUGAGUAAUGGAAAUGUGUUUCUUGCAUAUCCCAACUCCUGAGACACCCGCAGGGACUGGGGUCACGGCCAGCGUCACCAUUGUUAAUUUUUAACUAAUAAGAACAUGUUUUUUCAUUUUCUAUCUUAUAUUUCAUUCUGUAUCCUGUAGCCUAUCUAUUUUGCUUGUUGAUUACUGUGAGGGGGGAAAUAAUAAAUAAAUAUAUCCAAAAAUAUA